AUGGAGAAAAGGAGAGAAGAUCGUGAAGGGAAAAGCACAGUGUUGGAGGUUGCUGACAUCUUCGUCGGUCUUGGUGAAGGAGUAUUAAGCUUCUUUAAAGCAUAUUUGGAGAAAAACUCGGAAAGCCGAGCAAGCAUGUCCACUAUAGUCGACUGCUGUCAGAUGAAGAAGAGUGAUGUGAACGUAAACAUCAAAAGGUGUACUUCUAUUACGGUGCCAACGGAAAACGAUUGGUUACUCCAACGUCAAGGUAGUGAACAUUACAAAACGUGGGAUGAAUUCUCUCGCCUUCAAUGCUCUUCUUCACGCACGAGUCUGCUCGAUGUUGAAGGCGUUGAUGCGGCUCGUUCAGAUGAGAAUUUAGUCAUCACAUGCGUAUCACUAUGUUAUCAUCACUUCGCAGAGCAAAAGCGGGAGUUGGCUGGAGCUCGUCGAGUAGUCAACGUGGGUUGUUUUGUUCUUGUUAAUCCUUCGUGUGAAAAAUCAUGUUUCUUCUUGUCUCUUUGUAGAUGGUUUGCCCUAAAUCAAAUAUUCACUCUUCUGUGGUCAUUCAUGUCUUUUCUUCUAAUUACUACUGAUGAAGGUAAUCGUUAA